AUGCUAGAGCCGUUCCGCAACGAGACUACCACACCGCAGGACGGAGCAGCAGCAGCAGUCGAUGUGGAACUCGGAAACCGGCCGUUUAGCGAACCGUUUCCGUUAAACACAACCGACGCGCUUUUCUGCGAUGAAGGUGGCGAUAUUCGCACAGCCGGUGGGUCGAUGCUCGUCGAUACGCCUCCUAGCGGCCGGUCGUCACCCGAACCGUUAGCUUCCGUCAACGAUCACGGCCUGCCGUAUCUGGUGCAAGGAGGUAGCCAUGGCGCCGACGGCAGCAGCGACGGCGACUGUGCCAGUGGUGACUGUAGGAGCGGUGAUUGUAGAAGCGGUGAUUUUGGAAGCGGUGCCUGUAAGGAAGGGAGCAGCCAGGUUGGGAGUCCGUGGCAUCAGUCAAGUGCCAUGUCAGCAGUUCCGUAUGCUGCUGCUGCUGCUGCUGCUGCCGCCGUCGUGUACCGCUAUCCCUCCGUCGAGUAUAAGCGGGGUGUCCAGCACUGGCGGAUUAUACCCCGGGAUUCUUCCGUCGUCUCACCUCCUUCCAAGUUCCCACGCCACAGGGUGCUGCCACGUGUGCGGUUGCAAACGGCGGCCUUUCCUCUGGAACCGCAAGUGCUGGCACAGAGAACGUUCAAAAGGAGUGCGAAAGCGGGGGAGCAGAGGCGCGGGGGUCGGUUGCUGGUGGCGGGAGCGGCGCUGCGGCGGAAGAUGCAGGCAGCGAGCCGAGCGAGGGGGAUGCGGGCGUGGAGGGGGGAGAAGGGGAAGGGGAAGGGGAAGGGGAAGGGGAAGGGGAGGGAUCCGGAGACGGAGAAGCGGGAGGCGAGGUUGAUCAGAAACCGGGAAAGCGCGCAACUGUCGCGGCAACGGAAGAAGUACUACAUGGACGAGCUGGAGGCGCAGAUCCGCACCAUGUCCGCGGCAGUGGCGGAGCUCAACUCCGCCGUCGCGCAUCUCACCGCGGAGAACGUCAGCCUGCGCCGCCAGCUCGCCUUCUUCUACUCCUCCCCUUCCGCCGCUUCCGCCGCCUCCGCCGCCGCCGCCGCGGCAGUAGCUGGAACUGGAGUUGCUGCAGGGUCGGCGGGUGCGUUAGGUUCGGCAAUUGCCGCAUCAGGCCCGGCACGAGGCCCGGGUAGACGCAGAAGGGGAGGUUCGGCAGCAGCCGCGGUAGCGCCUCCUAGCGCAGUCUCGCCAGGCCUUGUCCCUCCGAUCCUGGGAGGGUUGGCUGGGAUUGGAAGCAUUGGGGGCGUAGGGUUACCACUCGGUGCGUUAGGUUUGCGCGGUUUGUUCCCCCCCGCUCCGCCUGUCCCGAUUCCGAAGCUGAAGAACGUGAGCCGCCCGGAAUCCGCGCGCAAGAAGAAAGGCGCGCCGGGGGGGAGUGGCGCGAAGGCAGGCGGUGGGGAGAAGGACAGGGGCGCAAAGAAGCAGAAGAAGGAAGGGGAUGCGUGUGUGGUUACCGCGGGUGCUGCGGAUAUUGCUGGUGCGGCUGGUGCUGCUGGUACUGCGGGUGCUGCGGGUGCUGGAGUUACUGCACCUAGCGCAACUGAUAACAGGCCUAGCAGACCCUCUUCGCCAUCCCGUGCUGUCUCCGCAGCUAAAGCACCCGCUCUCGCCCUCGCCAUGUUCGGUUUCCUCCUCAUCCUCUGCCCUUUCCUGCCGCCCAGCGGCGAACUGACACAGCAGCUUCAGAGCCGUGCUCUGCACUCGCCUGCUCUGGACUCGUCUGCUCUGCACUCGUCUUCUGUGCACGCGUCUGCGUUGAACCCAGUGUGGAGAGAGAAAGUGGUGGCGGGCGCUCGCAUGGAGCAGCACGCAGCUGACAGGCAGCAGCAGCGCUUCCCCUCCUUCGCAGCAGUGUCACGAGGCCAGGUGCCCAAUCUCACAACGGGCAGGGCUGCAGCAGACAGUGCUGCGGCAGACAGGGCCACAGCAGAUAGGCCUAGGGAAGGCAGGGCGGCAGCAGAGAGAGUGAGAGCGGCAGGCAAGGCCCUUGUGCCGUGGCGCCAGUGGUCACCUGCAAGUGCACUCAGAAGCCAGUUAUCAGCUAGUGGGAGAGGUGGGAGGAGUGGCAGUGGUAGCAGUGCCAGUCACUUGGGCAGCAGCAGUGAUAGCACUUACGGUCCGCGGGUCAGUGGGAGUGGCAGUGGUGGCAGCGGUGGCAGUGCUUCUGUGGGGCUGAGAGCUGGGGUUGGUGCCGGUGGUCGGGUGGCGGGUGCGCUACCAGGAGCAGCAGCAGUGGAGGGUUCGUUGCCGUGGGAUCAGCAGCAGUGGCUGCUGCAGCACAGCUCAGGCCCGCUGUUUCAGUCGCAUACAUGCACAGAGCUUUUCCGGUUUGACUCCCAUCCAACCCAAGCGGCGCAGGAGGGAGAGGCACAGGAUGGGGCAGGAGAGGCAACGACGCACUCAGCGGGCAGCAGCAGCAAGAGGAACUCAUCUGGUGGCUGUGCAGGCAGCGACGGUGGAAACUCCAGUGCCACAGACAGAAGCAGAGGCAGUGGGAGCCACAUUCCAGGUUCGUCGCCUCUCAACUCCGCCACGGCUACCACCACAAUCAGCAGCAGCAGGGUCACUGGAGAGGGUAGCAAGGAGCCCCUCCCACCUGUGCCUGUGCCGGUGAUGUCCCGCCGCAUGUUCCUGCGGAGGCGGUAUUUGAACGAGCUGCCGGCAUCAAAGCGGGCCAUUCCUCUGCCCGACUCCAACCAGGCCAUUCCCCUCUUGCCUCCCACUGAAGAAUCCGCCAGGACAGCCACCAGCCCUGAUGGGUUGCUGAGUGGAGAGGGGAGGAGUGGUAGCGCCAGCAGCACGAGGAGUGUUGAUGUGAGCGGCAGCUUGGAACACAACGCAACGACGGAGGGGAGUCCGAUUCGGUCGGUCCCGGUUGCAGUGCCUGGUCAGCAGCAGCAGAGCGGGUUUGGCCAGCAGGGUGCGUUCGCACAGCCGGAACCGGUCGUAGUGUCGAUUCUCUCGGGUUUUGAUGCAAGCAGCAUGGGAAGUUUUUUCCAGAGUGGGACCAGGGGGUUUGCUGCAGGGUUUGCUGGGGCGGAUGGGGCUGGCGGGUCAGAGAGAGUGAAUCCAGGGCGGAUGGGAAAAGGUGGGGCGGAGGAGGAGGUGAGAGGAGGGAUGGGUGGAAGUGUUGUGGUGAUGGUGACUAGUGGGGGGAAGAGCGUGGCGUAUGCGUGUGCUUUAGGUGGCUCUAAAGGGAGGAGCAAGCGCGGCACGCCGACGGUGAUCCACAAGGGCAGCGCCGUUAACAGAAUCCGUCAGUUCUACAUGCGCAAGGUCAAGUUCACGCAGCAGACGUUUCACGACAAGCUCACGACUAUUCUCGACGACUUUCCGCGGCUCGAGGAGAUUCAUCCCUUCUAUGGCGACCUCCUUAAUGUCCUCUACGAUAAGGAUCACUACAAGCUCGCGCUCGGGCAGGUGAACGUGGCGCGCGGAAUCAUCGACCGCAUCGCCAAGGAAUACGUGCGGUUGCUCAAGUAUGGCGACUCGCUGUACCGUUGCAAGCAGCUCAAGCGCGCCGCGCUCGGCCGCAUGUGCACGCUCAUGCGCAAGCAGGGCCCGUCGCUCGCGUACCUCGAGCAGGUGCGGCAGCACAUGUCGCGUCUGCCGUCCAUCGAUCCCAACACGCGCACCAUCCUGGUGUGCGGGUAUCCCAACGUGGGCAAGAGCUCGUUUGUGAACAAGGUGACGCGUGCGGACGUGGAGGUGCAGCCGUACGCAUUCACCACCAAGUCGCUCUUCGUCGGGCAUACCGACUACAAAUACUUGCGCUGGCAGGUGAUCGACACGCCCGGUAUCCUGGACCACCCACUGGAGGAGCGCAACACCAUUGAGAUGCUCGCCGUCACGGCCCUCGCGCACCUGAGGGCUGCCGUGCUGUUUGUGGUGGACGCGUCUGGUAGCUGUGGGUACACGCUGGAGCAGCAGUCGGCUCUCUUCAACUCCAUUAAGCCCCUCUUCCUGAACAAGCCGCUGCUGGUGGUGUGCAACAAGGUGGACCUACAGCCACUGGAAACCCUCUCGGAAGCGGACAGGAAGAUCAUCCAAGACAUGGCCGCUGAAGCAGCUCGGUGUGGUGGCCCCGGCGUUGCCCCUCCUCCUGCUGCUGCAGAGGGAGGGGAGGGGGCGAUGGAGGCGGUGAUGGGGGACGGUGAGGGCGCGGGGUGUCUGCUCACCAUGAGCACCAUGACUGAUGUCAACGUGGCUGCUGUCAAGAACGCCGCGUGCGAACGACUGCUGCAGAUGCGUGUGGAGGCCAAGAUGCGCAGCAAGCGGGUGGAGGACGUGGCGAAUCGAAUCCACGUGGCCAUGCCGCGGCCACGAGACAACAAACCACGCCCGCCAGUCAUCCCGCAAGCCGUGCUGGACCGGCAGGCCAAGGGCAUCAAGCCCUCCGAAGGCCGCAAGCUGGAGAAGGACUACCAGGAGGAGAUGGGCGGCGCGGGCGCGUACGUGGCGGACCACACGCGGCCGUACCUGUUGGGCGACGACACGUGGCGGCAUGAUGUUGUGCCGGAGAUCAUGGACGGGAAGAACAUUGCUGAUUUCGUGGAUGCGGAUAUUCUGGCAAGGUUGGAGGAGCUGGAGCGGGAGGAGUGGGAGAUGGAGCAGCAGGCGGAGGGGGUCGGUGAGGGCGAGUGGGGCGAAGCGAUGGAUGAUGAGGAAGAGGAUUUGGCUCCAGAAGAGGCUGAGGCACUCGCGGCUAUCAG